UUUGUUGACAUUUUGCUCUUUGCCCUACAUCCACAUAGCGUUCGUGACGACAAAACAGUGCCUUAACACGGCGAGACAAUGUCGAGGGCUGCGGAAAGACUUCGGAUAAUGAUCGGUCAUCUUGAUCGGUCCUCCGAGCCUGUCGCAACACCAACGUCUGCUCAAACCGCCACAAUUUACCCUCCCACAUUAAAAUACACCCUCGAUAACAGCUUAUUGAAGCCUGAAGACAGGCUCUUCUACGAGCAAAACGGAUACUUUGUCGUGAAGAAUCUGGUUUCUGAUGACGACAUCGAUUUAUUCAGGAAGGAAUUUGAGCGCAUUUGCCAACGAAAAGUCACCGUUCCCGGUCUGGUGGUGAUGAGAGACGUCGCCAUUGCCAAAUCGGAGUUUGUUCCAGAUCAGAAAGCAGUCACUAAACUUCAAGACUUCCAGGAGGAUCCUGAACUCUUCCGUUAUUGCGCUUUACCACAGAUCUUGAAGUAUGUAGAGUGUUUCACGGGCCCGAACAUCAUGGCAAUGCACACCAUGCUCAUCAACAAGCCUCCCGAUACAGGAAAAAAAACGUCCCGCCAUCCGAUGCAUCAGGACCUGCAUUACUUCCCGUUCCGGCCGGCUGACCGCAUCGUCUGUGCCUGGACGGCCUUGGAACGGGUGAACAGGCAGAAUGGCUGCCUUGUGGUCUUGCCUGGAACUCAUACAGGCACGCUGAAGGAGCAUGACUAUCCAGAAUGGGAGGGUGGCGUAAACAAAAUGUACCACGGCGUGCGUGACUACAACCCAGAACAUCCCAGAGUGCACCUAGAGAUGGAAAAGGGCGACACAGUCUUCUUCCACCCAUUGCUGAUCCACGGUUCUGGAAUGAAUCAGACACAAGGAUUCCGGAAGGCCAUCUCCUGCCAUUAUGCGAGCUCUGACUGCUAUUACAUUGAAGUAAAGGGAACUACGCAGGAAAACAUUGAGAAGGAGGUGAAGGAAAUUGCAUCCAGGAUGUACCCAAAUGCUACAGAGAUAACCUUCCAGGACACAUGGGCUUUUCGAGGCCGACUGGUGCAAGGAGAAAGACGCGGACUUUGAAGCUACAGAGGACUACUGAAGAAAAUUAUCUUAAAGAUAAAUAAUCUAUAGGACAUGUUCUAUAGAUUCAUAAAGUCAGAUCAUUUCAAUAUUUUUGUUAUUUCGAUCCAAGGGCGUAGGUUUGGUCUUAACAUUGGUAGGGACGAUAUAACAGCAUAUCAUGCAUGUAAAAUUUUUGCUGGGGACAGGACAUUAAUAAGACCAAACAGAUUAGGUGGACGGGUGUCAGUGCUACAUUUCCCACCAAUAUGAAGCUAAUUAAUUGAUAGGCUAAUGAUCAAUGCAAACUAAAUAUGUAUUGAUUUACACAAAUGUUCAUGUGUAUUGGUUCAGGUGAUACAUAAAAUAAAUGUCAGGAUUUUAUUAGCAAAUUUAAAUUUAAAUAUUUGAACAUAAAUUACAUUUUUCUGGUUCUAUAGUUUCCAGCAGAGCUCACUACAUUUCUCACAGCUUAAUUACCGUUAACACCAUUGUGUAUAAAACACAUACAGGAGGGCACUUCAAAGCAGCUUCCAACUCGAGUUUUGCAGAUUGGCAAGAUUACACAGUUUAAUGUUGGGCUAACUCUGAUGCAGGUCCGCCUUUCAGUACCAAAAUUAGUGGUGUGCUCCCCACUCCCACAACAUGGACGUUUUUUACAUUACUUACUAGAGUCGUGCGAAAUUUCCGAUUCGUAGAUUAUUCGUGAUUCGGCUGUGGAAGACGCGAGAACGAUUCACAAAUAUCCAAAUUCCGAUUAUUGAAUUAUACCAGGUAAAGCGGAAGUAGAACACAGUCAGCGCGGUCUUUGGGACGCAAUGAGGAACGGACCGAGAGUAAAUAUCAUGUUCAACUCAUGUCGCUAGAUAAAAAAACAAUCAUACCUAACUACGGCCGCAGCCACUACAAACAACGCCCAGUUGCUAGUUGCUACAAACAUACGGCUACAGUAGAUAUCAUUUAUAUGUAGAACUAGAUGCUAAAUACAGACGACGUCAGUGUUAGAACAUGUAUUAUUGAACAGAGAUGCGAAAUGACAGACUUUCCGGCGUAAGUAAACAGCCAUCUUGAAGCAGUAGACCUCUCUAGAAGGCUGUUCUAGUGAACCUAAUUAACUUUUUAUCUAAAAUACUACUAAAUGGGCAGAAUCUUGUCUUGAAUCUAUCUUUAAAUGAUGAAAUUGUUUUAAAACUUUGACAAAAGUAGACAGAAGGGAAAUUAUGGAAUAACGGGAGCAAUUUUAACAACUGUAACAGUUGAUUCACAACAUUAAAUUAAUUGAAUGUAGUUUAAAGCUGCUGACACAGAAUGGGGACUGGAGUUUUUUAUUUACUGUUAUUUUUGUAAAUUUGUUUACUGUUAUAUGUUAACUUGAUACUGAAAUAGUAGUUUGAUUUAGCAUGAGAGGAUUUUUGAACAAUUUUGGAACUAAUGUACAAAACAAAACAAAAAAACAAAGGGAGGGGAGUGCAUCAAUAAUCGUUUUAUAAUCGAAUCGGAGCCUCUGAAUCGUAAUCGUAAACGCAUCGUUAGGUGCCCAAAGAUUCCCAGCUCUAUUACUUACAGUGGCUUCUGCUGGCCGAAAAAACUUCUAAUACCCCUCCUCUGCGGAGGAGUCGUCAUGUCGUCGACAUGUAAUUCUGUCGGGGCUGUGUGAGUAUAUGUGGUGAUGGGGUUGGGGGGGUUGUAUUUAUCAGCCCGUCAAAAAAUGGACCAGCACAUUCAGCAAGUGAAAAGGGGUAAAUUUAAGUCUGAACAUAAUGAAAAUGAUUUACAAAAUAAUGGUAGGGUCGAUUCUAUCUUGACAACUUAUGGGAAGACAAUCUAAAUUACCUAUAUAACUGAACUUUUUAUUUAAUGCAAAUAAGUUGCUUAAAAGUUAGUGGGGAAAAUUCAGCAUCCUGAAAAGUUGAUAGUUUUAUGUCCCUACCAUCCCUAUGCAAACCUUUGCCCUUGUUUCAAUCUAAUGUCAAAUGUAGCAGAUUCUCAGUUCAAUAAAUUGCACUAAAGGCCAAUAGACUUUGAGAACGACGGCAUGUCAUUUCCAUUCUGGGAAAAAAACGAGUGUAAAAUUUGAUUCAACUGA